AUGCAUGUGGGACUGUGGACUUUGGUACGAGUAUUUUCAACAGAUUUCUCAACGUUGCAGGUAUCAGCUCGUGUCAUAUUGAAAAACGUCAGUUGGUUCACCGGUGAAAGUGUUGUUUUACUCAAUUCUCAAGAAUUGAAAUGCGGUUUUGAAGAUUUUGAAGACUCUGAUUAUUUAUUUGUAGAAGAUUUGAAAUUCCAUUUUGGUCGUUUUGGUAAAGUGCAACACGUCAAAUUGUUAUAUGAUUGGGGAACAGGUUUGCACAGGGGUUUUGCCUUUGUUGUUUUUGAGAGCAUUGACGGCGCAGUAAAGGCUGUACAACAACGAAAUCAUUACAUUAACGGACGACAAGUUAGCACUUUCUUUUCGACUGGUGAAAGGAUUAUUAUUUUCGGCUUAUUUAUGUUGCGUUUAAUUGGAAGAUCUGGUGUGGUUUCUAAAACUUUUAAAGGGGGUUGGCGGAAUGAUGCGGAACUUUUUGUUAAAAGAAUCAGCUGGGUUACAGGCGCAUCGGAACUGACAAACCAUUUCUCUCAGUUCGGCAAAGUCAGAAACAUCACGCUGCAAUUUGAUUUGAGGACGGGCCUGCACAAGGGUUUCGCCUUUAUUUCAUUUGAAAAUAAUGAUUUCUAUGAAAAUAUCAAGAAAUUCGAGGGAAAACACGUUAUUGAUGAUGAGGAAGUAGUGUGUUCAUUAGCAAGUGAAAGAAAGACAUUGUUAUUAGCUGAUGCCGAUUCGGCAUUGUUUGCUAGCGAAAAUAGUUCUCAAAUGGAUAUUUCGAAGGCAGAUCCCUACAAUGAAGCUGGGACGGUUAAAAUUAUUUGUGCUGAGGAAAGUGUCAAGGAAAAGCCGAUGAGACGUGGAACUAGUUCAGAAACAAUUUUCGCAAAUAGUAUGAGCUUUCAAGACUCCAAGAAAUGGACAAAAAGAACAAACUUGCUGCAAAAACUACAAAAAGUUGGUGAUCCGAAAUGGGGAUCAAGAAAAAAUGGUGUGCUGGAGAGGACUGUAAAUAUGAAGCUCAUGGGUUUGGUGGAGGAAAGUGAAGGCGGCAAUGAAAUGUAUAAGAAAACUUACAGCAACGUGCAUUCUUCGGAUGGUUUACAUGUGAGCGUUACAAGAAAUGGUUUCAGUGGCCGGAUUAGCUCACCAAACAGUUUUAGAGUUUCAAUAGUUGAAACUACAAAUCAAAAAUCUUUAAAGAAAUAA